AUGGGUCAGCUCUUCUCUGAUACAUCUGAAAAUGAUGACAACAAAGAUUUGGAGUCUAGUUUCAACAAAUAUUUUAAGAAUAUUAAUACAGAAAGCAAAAUCAUUUCUCCUGAAACAAUCAGUUUAAUUGAGUUACAACUGAAAAAAGGCAACAUUCAGGGGGUAUACUCUGUAAUCACUGAUGCAUUAGAAAAUAUUGAGAGUGUCCCAAUAAAUGUUGCUGUGACAGGAGAGUCUGGAGCAGGGAAGUCUAGCUUCAUCAAUGCCUUGAGAGGGGUUGGAGAUGAGGAGAAAGGUGCAGCUGAAAUUGGAGUAGUAGAGACAACCAUGAAAAGAACUCCUUACAAACACCCCAAAAUCAAAACUUUGAAUUUAUGGGACCUGCCUGGUAUUGGAACUCUGAAAUUUCCACCAAAAGUUUAUCUGGAGAAAGUGAAAUUCAAAGAAUAUGACUUCUUCAUUAUUGUUUCUGCCAAUCGUUUUACAAAACAUGAAUUAGGCCUCGCCAAAGCAAUCAGAAUUAUGAAAAAGAACUACUACUUUGUGAGGACAAAGGUGGAUAUUGAUUUAAGAAAUGAAAAGAAAUCCAAACCACGCACCUUUAACAGAGAAAAGACCCUGGAGCAGAUCCGAAGCUACUCUGUGAAUACCUUUAGUGAUAAUAACAUGGAUGUACCUCCAGUUUUCUUGAUCUCUAACCAUCAUUUACAUGACUAUGAUUUUCCAGCCCUGAUCAACACCCUGAUUAAAGAUCUUCCUGCUCAAAAGCGCCAUAAUUUUAUGCUUUCCUUGCCCAAUAUUUCAGAGGCAGCCAUUGACGAAAAGCACAAGUCUAUGCAGCAGUUUAUCUGGCUGGAAGCCAUCAAAGCUGGAGUUUUGGCAUCUGUUCCUUUAGUAGGCAUCUUCAGAGAAAAUGAUGUGGAGAAGCUGAAGAAGAGUUUAAACCGCUAUCGAGACCUCUUUGGAGUGGAUGAUGAAUCCCUGGAAUUCAUGGCUAAGAAUUUGCAAGUGCCUGUCGAAAAACUGAAAAAAAUCAUUAAAUCUCCUUAUUUGUUGCAAACUAAGAAAGAUGAAACGUUAGCAGAAAAGCUUUUGAAAUAUUUGGAGAUAUUUGCCUCAGUUAAUGGUGGGCUCCUGGCAACAGGUCUUUACUUUAGGAAAGUCUUUUGCUUGCAAUUUCAUUUCCUUGACACUGACUGA